AUAGCGUAGCAGGACCCCUUCCCUCAGCAGCGUCUCUCCAGCCGAUCCCAGUCUCAAAGCUAACUGCGGCGCAGUCUGCUCCAAAAGAAUGGCUCCUAAAACCUCCGGAGGUAGUCCAAAGGAAUAUUCCGAGGAAAAGAUCACACGAAAGGAGAAGUACAAGUUAAUGAAGCCAAUUAUCGAGAAAAAGCGCCGAGAUCGCAUCAACAGCAGCAUUGGGCAACUCAAGGCUUUAUUGAGGGAAGAAUUUCAGAAUCAGGAGCCCAACAUGAAAAUGGAGAAAGCUGACAUCUUAGAGAUGACCGUGAAUUACCUGAAACUGCAUAACCAGAGAAUGUUCACAGUGACCUACAGCAAGAGCCUCACCCAGAAUUUUAAAGAAGGCUAUUCCCGCUGUCUGCAGGAGAUUCAGCAUUUCAGCUUCUCCCCGGAGGGCACAAGCGACGUGCAGAACAAGCUGGUGAACUAUUUGCACAGAGCUCAGGAGCCGGCUAAGGGCCUGUGUUACCCACUUCCUCCCAUUCAGCUUCCAGUCUGUCAACCGGUAACCAAGCAAGAACUGAAACCCAGCGUCACAGUGCUCUGGAGACCCUGGAAGUGCCUUGAGUGUAUGCUGAUGUACCAGUAUGCAGACGAGUGUCAUAGAGUGCCUUGCAUUAUCGUGAGUUUUUCAACAUUUAAAGAUCAAUCGGUUCGAUUAUUCCUUGUGUAUUGUUAGUGUGACAGAUAUUUUACUCUAUUCCAUUUCGUAAUGUUCCCUGCGUAUUACAGGAAUUUGCUGCUUGUAUUAUCUCCUGCACAUUGAUGCAAAUUCUUCUUUGGCUAUCUAAAUGCUAGGAGAAAAUGAGGACUGCAGAAGUGCUUAUGCCCGUUAUGUAGAUUCUCCUGCUCCUCGAUGCUGCCUGGCUGGCCGUGCUUUUCCAGCACCACAUUCUUCGUCUCCUAUCUAAUGCCCUUGCCCUGUAACAAUGCGGGAUAUGAAUCAAGCCUCAAUCCCAAGUUUCACUGUAUAUUGCAUUGUAACAAUGCUGAUCUAAAUAUAUUCCUCUAUUCAUGGUUCUGGUUGUAAAUAUGUCCUAUCUAUACUGAUGGUGAAUCCAUGCACAAGCUAUAAUCACAAUCCUAUGUUAAAAUCGUUAUUUCAUUGUAACAAUGCUAAUUCUGAAUAAAUGAUUGCAUUGACAAUUC